CGUCUGUUCACGCAGCUCACAUCUGCAGCAACAGGAAACCAACAGAGGAACUCCAAGACGUCCGAGACAUCCAUUAUCAAACAGAAGAAAUGGGCUCUGCUGGGAUUCAUGUGGUCUGUGUGGCCCUCGGGGUCCUCGGCCUGAUCGGGGUCAUCGUGUGCUUGGCCGUCCCUCUCUGGAAGGUCUCGUCCUACGUCGGAAGCAACAUUCUCACAGCUCAGAACCAACAGGAGGGUCUGUGGAUGGAGUGCGUGGUGCAGAGCACCGGGCAGCAGCAGUGCAAGAACUACGACUCCCUGCUGGUCCUGCCCACGGAGAUCCAGGCCUCCCGGGCCAUGACCAUCAUCAGCUGCAUGCUCGGCGGCCUCAGCCUCCUCAUCCUCUUCUGCGGCGCCGACUUCACCACGUGCGUGCAGAACGAGGACGUCAAGCCCAAGAUCAGCCUGGCGGCCGGGGUGGGCAUGCUGCUGGCGGGGCUCCUGGUCAUCAUCCCCGUCAGCUGGUCGGCCAACUCCACGGUGAGAGACUUCAACAACCCGCUGGUGGCRGCGUCCAUGAAGAGAGAGAUGGGAGCGUGCAUCUACAUCGGCUGGGCCUCCGGCGUGCUGCUGCUCCUGGCGGGAGGUCUGCUCUGCUGCUUCAGCAGAUCCAAAUCCAGCGGCUCAGGAGGAACCGCCAAGUACUACAGUAACAACGCCUCUGCACCCAACACCAACUACGUGUAGGAGCUUCCAGAACCCGACUGGUGUUGGACAGAAGGGAAGGCAGGGAGAUCAGACAGGAGUUCAUAAAAAAUAUUACUACUGUGUAAAUAUUUAAAACUGAAUAUAACCGGCUCAAAUUCUUCUUUUCAUUCUUUCAUUUUGGGUGUUGGGGCUAUAAAAGAAAAAACUAUGUUUCAUGCACAUAAAAUCAUUCUGCAUUUAUAAAUCCAGCGUAUAUAAGCACAUUUUUUGAUGAAAUGAAAGAUGUAAUUAAACUUUAUUUUACCAUA